CUCGACAUCGUAUCUCUCCAACCAGAUCUUGUGCGUGUUUCGAAAGACAAGGAUCUCGCAAGGAGAGUGAACUGGGUUCAAGCUAACUUCCUCGAAGGACUUCCAUUCGCUAACGAAUCGUUCGAUUUCGUGCAUGUCAAGCGCAUCGCGAGGGGCGUACCCGAGGACAAGUGGGAUGACCUCUUUGAAGAAAUCACCCGCGUGAUGAAGCCAGGUGCUGCAUUCGAG